UGGGCACUGGUGGGUGGCACUGGUGGGCACAGGUAGAAGGCACUGGUGGGCACAGGUGGGUGGCACUGCUGGGCACAAGUGGGUGCACUGAUGGACACAGGAGGGUGCACUGCUGGGCACAGGUGGGCACAUUGCUGGGCACAGGUGGGUGCACUGCUGAGCACAGGUGGGAGGAACUGGUGGGUGGCACUGCUGGGCACCAAUCAUCAGGGCACUGAUCAUCAGUGCCCUGAUGAUCAGUGCCGAUCUCUGCUCUGACAACUGCCAGUUCUCGGCAGUACUUUCCUCACGCUCUGACAGCGUGAGGAAAGUGCAGCCGAGAACCGGCAAUUGCAU